GUUCUUGUCUUGAUCUCUGCAUAAAUCUUUACUCUGCGCGAUUUAAAAAUGUUCUCCUCUAAACGCAUCGAGCCUUUAAACAAAGGCUCAAGAUAUUCAACCUUAGCACACGCAUUCAUUAAUGACACAUUCAUAAUUAUAGAGCGUGUAGUCAAAAAGAUGUGUCGUGCGUAAAAGCGGUGGCACCAUUCACAGCUUGACGCACAACACGCCGGAUGACUUGUGAGUGGUUCCAAAGUCAGAUCAAAAGAGACGUAAACAGUCAGAUCUAUUUAAAAAAAAAAAGAAGAAGCAAAGAUAGAGCUGACAAAUACAGCACAUCAUCAUCUGUGACUCAACUGCUUACAGUCUAAUUCCUCAUACGACUACACUACUGUGAAGCUACGUGUAUGAUACGCUAGGAUGUGGAACACCUGCCUCACUGGAGUUCGCUCAGGGCGCACGGGGCGCACACAAAGCUUUAGAAUUAUCGGAGGAGUUUAAUGUAGUGAUUAUUGGUCUUUCUUGUGCACGGACUGUUGAUUGAGACAAACUGGAUUGUUCCUUUUUUAUAGUUCAAAAUCACCUUUUCAUCGUUUUACUUCACAUUUUAAAGCGUGGGGGCUGCUCCGGCUUCUGUCUUGAAAGCAUGGGAAAAGAAGAAGGAGGAAAGAGUUUCUUCUAAAUCACUGGAAUCAAGCCACCACAUGGACUGUGAACAAUGGAGCAACAAGACCAAAACCUCUGGCAUCCCUUUUCAUCCGAGCUCAACUCCUCUACAUCCUCACCUAUCCUCUUCUCUUAUCCUCGCCUUUUCAACAUCUCCUCCAACAUUUCCACUCAGAGUGUCCCCUUUCAGGGUAGCAGCACUCUGAUGACCGCAGUCAUAUCCCUCACAGUCUUCGUGGUGGGUCUGACCGGCAACACUUUGGCGAUCUAUGUGGUGCUGCGCUAUGCCAAAAUGAAAACAGUCACCAAUAUCUACAUCCUGAACCUGGCUGUGGCUGAUGAGCUGUACAUCGUCGGGCUCCCCUUUCUUACCACACAGAAUGUACUCUCCUAUUGGCCCUUUGGCUCUUUCCUGUGCCGCGUGGUCAUGACUGCAGACUCCAUGAACCAGUUUACGUCUAUCUUCUGUCUCACAGUAAUGUCGAUUGACCGUUACCUGGCUGUGGUUCAUCCAAUCCGCAGCACCAAGUGGAGACACCCCCGCAUAGCGAAGGUAGUGAGCGCAGCUGUGUGGGCCGUUUCCUUUGUGGUGGUCCUGCCAGUGGUCAUCUUCUCUGAUGUGCAGGAUACAUUUAACUCCUGCAACAUGAUCUGGCCAGAGCCGAAGGAUGUGUGGUCAACAGCCUUCAUUCUCUACACUGCCACAGUGGGUUUCUUUGGACCACUGCUCAUCAUUUGCCUCUGUUACCUUCUUAUUGUCAUCAAGGUGAAGUCCUCUGGGGCACGGGUUGGUUUCUCUAAACGCCGACGCUCAGAGCGCAAAGUGACCCGAAUGGUGGUGGUGAUUGUGGUGGUGUUUGUGCUCUGCUGGCUGCCGUUCUUCAUCAUCAAUAUGGUCAAUCUGGUGGUCAUCAUCCCGGAGUCCAGUGCCACUGCUGGCAUCUACUUCUUUGCUGUCAUCUUGUCUUAUGCCAACUCAUGUGCCAAUCCGUUUCUCUAUGGUUUCCUAUCAGACAACUUUAAACAGAGCUUCAGAAAAGUGCUGUGUGUGAGGACCAUGAGGUGCGUUGCCAAUGAUGUAGAUGAUGGUGACCCCAGUGUCCCGCGCACUGAGAAAACCACAGCACAAGACUGCAUCCUGCUGUCCCCGCGUAACCAGGUCUAUCACGAUCCCCAGAGCAGCCAGAUCUCACCUCACCCGCCGGGCUCACCAACGACUCACACUGCAGCAGACCUGCACCGCUCCACCCCUGCAUGUAAGUUUCAGUCCACUUACCCAGGAACCGGACCGGCCACUACCACAGCAGCCUCGAUGCUAAACUCUGUUGUAACUGCAGCUGAACCUCCCACAGUCACUGCCCUGACCACUAGCUCCUCCUCUGGUUAAUUAGGGCCACAUGAACAGUAGCAGAGAAACUCACACAUGAACUGAGAAAGAAAAACAUAUUUUAAGGAUUAAGUGAUCAAAGUGGCAAAAUCGAUGCUUUUCUGCCUUUUUGUCAACUAUUUUAUUACUACCACACACACUUAUUCUACAUCCAUUAUAGCACAUUGGUGGAAAAAAAAAAUCACAACAUUUUUGUUUAUCAAGACCAAUUUUGUUCCUUUCGGCAGCCUGACAUAAGUGCCUUUCCAGCUUACUCCUUACUCCUUUCAUUUUAGGUUGGUCAUGUAACACUGAAGAAUGUAUUUACCUAUCAGAACCAAAAAGCCUCUUAGGACUUAUUUCAUUCGGUGGAUGUAAUUUCCUGCAGGUAGCAAAUAUGAGGGGUUUAUUUGGGCAUUAUAGGGUCCUCUCUACAACAGCUUUAAUCAAACAGCGCAGUAAUUCAUCAUAUUUUCUCGUUUCCAACUGCUGCUUAUUUCUGCUUUCUUACUUAAGUGGAUAAAUUGUGAUGAUUGAAUCCGACGUCUGUAUUUGCUUUGCGUAAAAGUCUUUUGUGAUCUCAUUUGCGUACCGUUGAGAAGUUUAAAAGAAAAAGGAAACAAAAUGAAAAACGGCUCGCUUGUCUUUUCUCAAAGUAAAUGUGAUGCUUUGGCAGCUCUAUGCUUCUCUGUAAAUAUGUAGCCCCCCUUAAAGCUAAAACGCCUGACCUUUUUGGAUAUAUGCUUCUUGCAUUUUAUUUUUGUGUUCAUGUGAUGUGUGUGCACAGUAAAGAUAAACUUUAUUUGAUGAACUGGCGAUACAAGGUGUUUUGCAAAAAUUACCAAAAAGAAAAAUAGAAAAUACACAAGAGAAAAAGAGAACAAUAGCAAUAUUAUUCACAAGAAAGGGACACAUUUAAACAUUAAAAAAGACCUUUCAACACAUUAUGCAAAUAUGAGUCUGUACAAGUGGGUUUUUAAAAGCUUCUGGAUUUGACACAGCUGAUCUGAAGGAGAAGGUAUAAAAGUCUGUUCCACAUUUGUUUUAAGCCCUUUUAAUAGGAACUGAUUCUCUGAUGUCAGCAAUCUGGGCACAGAAUAAUAGGCUAGCAUGUAAACAGAGCCAUUCCAGGUAACAGUCUGGUUAUUUGUGCCUGUUUUACUUUGCUCUACCC